UUAAACACAGGCCAAGUGGUGGAAGGAGAAAGCCAGGGACAAUUCCGUAAUUUCGCCAUCUUUCCCACCGGAAGGCCACAGCCACUAUGAAUCUAUGAUCAUAUCAUGAAGGAAUGCCGUCUGUGUGCUGGCUGGUGCCCAGAGUAACUCAAGUGAUGAUAGCAAAACUCUUCUACUUUCUGCUCAUCUCCGCCGUCGCUCUACCGACCAAGGCGGAAGAGGGUUGCCAUCAGCUACGGUCCACUGCACCGUUCAAGAUCGCUCUGUUUGCCGACCUGCAUUUCGGAGAGGACGCAUGGACCCAUUGGGGUCCACUCCAGGAUGUGAAGUCUAUCAAGGUCAUGUCCUCUGUUCUCGACGAUGAAACCCCAGAUUUCGUUAUCUAUCUCGGAGAUGUCAUCACAGCCAACAAUAUAGCGAUUAAAAAUGCAAGCUUGUACUGGGAUCAGGCAGUUUCUCCAACAAGAGCUAGGGGUAUUCCUUGGGCAAGUGUGUUUGGAAACCACGAUGAUGCAGCAUUUGUGUGGCCAAUUGAGUGGUUUUCAUCCCCUGGAAUUCCUGAAAUUCGUUGCCGCGUAGCCAAUUCAUCAUGCUCAGGAGAAGAAGAGUGUCACUUUGAAGGCACACAACGUCUGGAGUUAAUGAAAAAUGAGAUUGAGCGUAACAUGCUAUCAUACUCUCGAUAUGGUCCUAAAGAGCUUUGGCCUAGUAUAUCCAACUAUGUCCUCCAACUUUUGUCGUCCAACAAUCCCAAGUCACCUGUGGCAUUAUUGUACUUCCUAGAUUCUGGUGGUGGUUCCUACCCAGAAAUUAUAUCCAGUGCCCAAGCAGAAUGGUUCCGCAAGAAAGCUCUAGAGAUUAACCCUGAUUCAAGGGUGCCGGAGAUAAUCUUUUGGCAUAUACCAAGUCGUGCUUAUAAGAAGGCAGCUCCAUGGUUCGGUAUACACAAGCCUUGUGUGGGUUCAAUUAACAAGGAGAGAGUAGCAACUCAAGAAGCUGAAAUGGGUAUCAUGAAACUUUUGGUUGAAAGGCCUUCUGCCAAGGCAAUAUUUGUAGGACACAACCAUGGAUUAGACUGGUGUUGCCCCUACGAAAAACUGUGGCUAUGUUUUGCUCGGCAUACCGGUUAUGGUGGGUACGGAAACUGGGACAGAGGAGCUAGAAUUGUGGAAAUCACCGAGCAGCCUUUCUCUGUUAAAUCUUGGAUAAGAAUGGAGGAUGGUAGUGUACAUAGUGAAGUUGUCUUGAGUCCUUGAAAACUAAUCCCUUUUAAUUUAAGUGCUACUACCAAUAGAAAGAGUAAAAAUCUUGUAAAAAAAUAAUACAUGUAUAUUUACGAAAACCAUAUUUGUAUGUCGCUGUAUAUAAACUGUAUUCAUCUUU